CACCAUUGAGGAACUUCGGUUGGCUGAUUGUCACGGCUGCCGCUGAGCGAGCACCAGCUUCUCUCGCUCUAGAACCUGGACUCGGCUAGGGUUUGGAAAGGGCAGUGGACGGCGUUGGGGGCGUACUGACGAGGCAAGUGAGGGCGGAGGAAAGGAGCGAGCCUUCGGACGGGGGAGGGGCGCGCUCGGCGCUCAGGGGGAGCCUGGCCCCAGCUCCCACCCAGCCUCCGCCGGGGGCGUGCUGCCGGACUUCGGGAGUGACUGCCCCGGUCGGUCCUGACAAGUUCUCCGAGCGGGAAGGAGAAGUGACUUCUUCCCGGGUCCCGCGCUCCCGGUGUGGUGGCAGUCCGUACGACGUACUCCCGUGCUCGCCUUCCCUCCUUUUUGCUGUUUCCGCUGCCCUUUCAGUCUCUUGGCGCUGGAGGAGCUGAUCUGACGCCAGCCCUGGCUCCCUGGCCUCGUGACUGCUGUGUUCCCAGCCUCCUUGAUCGGGGUCUUCCCAUCGUUUGGGGUAGAGACCACGAGGCCAUGAAGCAGUGGGCACAAAGCAGGCGUCCUUUUAUAUCGACUCCAAAAACCUAUAUAUAAAGAACUCUUCCGUUGAAUUCAUGGUGUUUCAUCCUGUAUACAACUGAGAUAUCAAAACUUUUGGAUUGUUGUUAUUGGACCAAAAAUAUGACAUCCAUUAUCAAAUUAACUACCCUCUCUGGGGUUCAAGAAGAGUCUGCUCUUUGUUAUCUUCUACAAGUUGAUGAGUUUAGGUUUUUGUUGGACUGUGGCUGGGAUGAGCACUUUUCUAUGGAUAUUAUAGAUUCCCUGAGGAAGCACGUUCACCAGAUAGAUGCAGUACUGCUUUCUCACCCCGACCCUCUCCAUCUGGGUGCCCUCCCGUAUGCUGUUGGAAAGUUGGGUCUGAACUGUGCUAUCUAUGCAACCAUCCCUGUUUAUAAAAUGGGACAGAUGUUCAUGUAUGAUCUUUAUCAGUCUCGACACAAUACAGAAGAUUUCACACUCUUUACAUUAGAUGAUGUGGAUGCAGCCUUUGAUAAAAUACAGCAGUUAAAAUUCUCUCAGAUUGUGAACUUGAAAGGUAAAAAACGUUUCUAUCACUUAAAUGGAUGUUCCCUGGAAAUGCUAAGCCGACCCUCCCUACUUAUCACAGAUUCAUUUAAUGCUACAUAUGUGCAGCCGAGGAGAAAACAGAGAGAUGAGCAACUUCUGACAAAUGUCCUGGAAACACUUCGAGGUGAUGGAAAUGUACUAAUAGCAGUGGACACUGCAGGCAGAGUUUUGGAACUUGCUCAACUCCUUGAUCAAAUUUGGAGAACUAAAGAUGCAGGAUUGGGUGUUUACUCAUUGGCACUCCUAAAUAAUGUCAGUUAUAAUGUGGUGGAGUUUUCUAAGUCCCAGGUAGAAUGGAUGAGUGAUAAAUUGAUGAGAUGUUUUGAAGACAAAAGAAAUAAUCCAUUUCAGUUUCGCCAUCUCUCUCUCUGUCACGGUCUUUCUGACUUGGCUCGAGUGCCUAGCCCUAAAGUCGUGCUUGCCAGCCAGCCUGACUUGGAAUGUGGAUUUUCAAGGGAUCUCUUUAUUCAGUGGUGUCAGGACCCUAAAAACUCAAUCAUUCUAACUUACAGAACUACUCCUGGGACUUUAGCGCGUUUCUUAAUUGAUAAUCCUUCUGAAAAAAUUACAGAAAUAGAGUUAAGGAAGCGUGUGAAGCUUGAAGGGAAAGAACUUGAAGAAUACUUGGAAAAAGAGAAACUAAAAAAAGAAGCUGCUAAAAAACUUGAGCAGUCAAAAGAGGCAGAUAUAGAUUCCAGUGAUGAGAGUGACGUUGAAGAAGAUAUUGACCAGCCAUCGGCUCAUAAAACUAAGCAUGACCUGAUGAUGAAAGGUGAAGGGAGUCGUAAAGGGAGUUUCUUCAAACAGGCUAAAAAGUCCUAUCCUAUGUUUCCUGCCCCAGAAGAAAGAAUCAAAUGGGAUGAAUAUGGAGAAAUUAUCAAACCAGAGGAUUUCUUAGUGCCAGAACUUCAAGCUACUGAAGAAGAAAAAAGUAAAUUAGAAUCUGGCUUGACAAAUGGAGAUGAACCGAUGGAUCAGGAUUUAUCUGAUGUUCCUACAAAGUGUAUAUCUGCCACAGAGUCUAUUGAAAUAAAAGCUAGGGUUACUUACAUAGACUAUGAAGGACGCUCUGAUGGGGAUUCCAUUAAAAAGAUCAUUAAUCAGAUGAAGCCACGACAGUUGAUUAUUGUCCAUGGACCACCGGAGGCCAGUCAGGAUCUUGCAGAGUGCUGCCGUGCAUUUGGUGGGAAAGAUAUUAAAGUGUAUAUGCCAAAGCUGCAUGAGACAGUCGAUGCCACUAGUGAGACUCACAUCUACCAGGUGAGAUUAAAAGACUCACUUGUCAGCUCCCUUCAGUUUUGUAAGGCCAAAGAUGCCGAGUUAGCUUGGAUAGAUGGUGUCUUAGACAUGAGGGUCUCUAAAGUAGACACAGGAGUUAUUUUAGAAGAAGGAGAACUAAAGGAUGAUGGAGAAGACUCAGAAAUGCCAGUGGACGCUCCUUCAGAUUCUAGCGUCAUAGCACAACAGAAGGCCAUGAAAAGUCUCUUUGGAGAUGACGAGAAAGAAACAGGUGAAGAAAGUGAGGUCAUUCCUACUUUGGAACCCUUGCCACCUCAUGAGGUUCCUGGACAUCAAUCAGUUUUUAUGAAUGAACCAAGACUGUCAGACUUCAAACAAGUUCUUUUACGGGAGGGGAUUCAAGCUGAAUUUGUAGGAGGUGUACUUGUUUGCAACAAUCAAGUAGCAGUCCGUAGAACGGAAACUGGACGCAUUGGAUUAGAAGGAUGCCUUUGUCAAGAUUUUUAUAGGAUAAGAGACCUUUUAUAUGAACAGUAUGCCAUUGUAUGAAGGACUUGAUGUCAGGAAAUACCUGUUUGACCUUUCUAAGAAAAAAGGAUUAUCUUAUUCUAACCUUUUGUUUUUCUGUUUUGUAACAUACAAAAAGAAUUUCCAAAAUAAUUUAACAUGUGCUAGAUUUUUAAAAAAUGUAAAUAAAGACCAUUUUGCUAAUGCUCAAAUGAGCAUAUGUACUUUUGGGCUUUUUCAGAGCACUGAAGCCCCUGACAAGGGCACAGGCCCAAGAGUUGAAGGUGACAGGUCCCCUUUACAGACCCCUUACAGAAGGGCUUUUUACUUGAAUAAAGCAAUGCAAUUUAGGAAACCAGUUCAUGGCCUUAGAGAAAUAUGUUUGCAUGAGUUCUUGCAAACUUUAAAAAAUUUUCUGGAAUGAAAAGUGAGAAUUAUUUGCAAAAGAUGUGCUGUAAAAAAAACAGAUAAAACAUUUUUUUGAGGCUUAUCUAUUUAAAGAACAAAGAGUAUGUGAUACAACUCUUCUUUUCAAUUCUAAUAUGCAGUUGUCUUCACAUGGAGCAUAUCUACUCCAUGCCCCUAUGUCCCAGCGAUUUACUCUACUGUGACAUAGUGCACAUUUGGUUCAGAAAUGAGUUUUUAUUUCUAUUUCUUGUUUUAUGAAGAUCUGUUCGUCAGUUUGAAUUAUAAACCACAUAUGAAUAGACAUAACUUCGUGAUGUGUUAGUCUUAUUAGUUCUUCAUACAUUUUAGAUGCAUCUUGACUCUCAGCUAGGGUACCGUAUUGGAAACUGUUUGGUGCUGUUGAUUAAGGAAACAAAUGUUGGACCUCACCUUUUAUAAGGUAACGGCAUAAUUUAAUUAAAAGUAUAAGUGUUUUCACCUCUUAGGCUUGCUCUCCCCUUAGAUUGUCCAAGCAGUAGUUAGAUUUUAUACACAUUUGUACAAAAAUAAUACUGAAGUUGGAUAAAGUCAUCCUUUCUGUGUUCAUAAUUUUCUUGAGGCUAGCAGCCCUUAUACAGUAUAAACCACUUCUGUGAGAGUAAAAACUGAAUAUAUGCAACCUUCAUUGAACUUAAAAAUGAAAAUCAUGUCACCCUAUUGGAAUCUGUUGAUGUUUUUUUAGAAUAUAGCUGAAUGAUGGCAGUCCUUGAUGUUUAUGUCUUAAAUAUUUAAGCCCUGUUUUUAACACUUAGCAUUUUUAGGACGAUCAGUCUUUUUGUUUAACUUAAAUGGAACCAUGUAUACUACAACCCAGUGAUAUCAGACUAGAAUUAAUAUUUCAUUCUUUUCCAGAUGCUUACAAAGCUUUUAUUGUGGAUUAUAGGGCUAAGGCAAAGUUUACAGCCUUCCGAUGCUGAAAACUAGGCAUACAAAACAAUGUUAUGGAAAAUGAAGAUAGAGAAAAUGUUUUCUUUGUAGAGCUUUGAAGAAAUUUCACUGAAACUCUCAUUACUGAAUAGAGUAAAUCUAGAAUCCUAUUUGUAUUCCAAGAGAAAGAAAGUCUGCAUUUGUUUCAUGGCUUAAAGCAUCUGGUAAUACAUACUGCAUUGUAAUACCGAUACUGAAAAAUUGUUUCUUGAAUAGCCUAUGAACUAUGAACAGGAAUUAAAUCUUAAAGUACUUCAACAAGAUGGCUGUGCUAACUAAUGUCAUUGCAGGUGCAAUGCUUUUCCCUGUUUUCUAAAUGACAAUAUCACUAAAAUUUCUAAAUAAAGGCAUUUGUUUAGCUUCA